AUGGGUAUUUUAAAGGUAACACUACUGUUAGGAUGUGUUACUACAGUAUUGGGCGUGACAUCUGAAAUUCUCUCACCAUUAAAAACUUCUGGAGUUGAUGCUGCUUUAAUUAUUGUUCCUGGUGCAGAUAUUAAAGGUGGAGCCUACAGACCAUUAGCAAGACACAUCCAAGAAACAUCUGAUUUAAAAUUAUGGGUCGCUUUAUUGGAAGAUUUCCCAUUCAACCUUCCUAAUCCUCUACAGUUGAACGGUGCCAUAUCCCAGGCUGUGUCCAGAAUAAAGGCAGCAGGAAUGAAAACAAAUAAUGUGUUUGUAGCUGGUCACAGUUUAGGGGGUGUAUUUGUUGGUAACUAUGGAAAAAGUAACAGUAAAUUAGUAAAGGGUAUCAUUUUAUUUGCGUCCUAUCUGACCAAAGGUAAUAAACUAGCUGAUUAUCCAAUACCAGUUUUAACUGUAUCUGGUGAUCUAGAUGGUUUAACUAGAUUAACUAGAAUAGCAGAUACAUUUGAAGAACUUAAAGGUGAUGUUGCAAAGAGAAGUGAUGCUAAAUAUAGAACACCAGUUAUCAUGAUGACUGGAGUUAAUCAUGGUCAAUUUGCAUCAGGAACCAUGCCAUCAAACGUACUGAACUAUGACAUUAAAUCUGAGAUUAGUUCCACUGCAGCUCAUCUCUUGAUAUCCAAAAAUACUGCUGAUUUUAUGGUGACAUCUAUUGGAACCGCUGGUUCAGCACUAAAGUCCGCUAAGCACAGAUUAGAUCAAGCUUAUGCUAGAACUGAUUCUUUCUUCAAACCAAUAUUGGAUAUGAAAAGAAAUGAUGUUAAUCCACAAAGAUCAUCCAGCUGGACUAUUUCAGCCCAGUAUCUAAUCUCUGGUCUUGAUAAAUCAGUACUCAAGGUUACCAAUAAAGAGGAAUCUAAUUUAGCGUUUCCUGUUUCUAAACCGGAAGUGAAAACAGCUUUUUCUUACGAGUCCAUUAAUACCCAUUCUUACCUAUCAUACGCCAACAAUCUGAUGGAUGUAUCAACAGUUAUGAGCGCACCAGACUCAUUAGAUGCUAAAUUAAAAAGUAAAGAAGCCGUAUACAAGGCAUUACCUAAAAGUUAUAAACCACAUUCUACUGCUUCUAAGACCUGUAUGGAUAUCAACAAGGAAGCAUGGACUCUAGCUCUAAAACAAUCUUCAAGGACAGCAGUAAAAAGAUUUCACAGUAUGGGGCGAUCGAUGAAGUUUAUCAAGGAUCACGUCUUCUCUACUGGUAUUGAUUGGAUAUCCUCAAGUGCAUCAUGGAAAGAGACUACAUCAGAUGUAACUUUUCAAUCAACUGCACUCGUUAGUAAAGUAGAUGCCUUUCCUGCGGCCUUUGCUGGUAUGCACUACUGUAAAUUGCUGUCCCCUUACAGAGCCAUGGAAUGGAUUUAUGUAGACUCAUUGAGGAAAAAAGCACGUGAUAACAGCUUUAUCUUUGGAUAA